CUGGAGAUGUCGCUUCAUGAAGGGCAGGCCAAUGAUGCCCUUCACAAUCUCCGCAUUUACCUUUGCAACAAGGCCAUCCUGUUCCGAACAACUGUUAGGCAGGCCAAAUCUCAGGCCCUGAAAACUCGAGCUUGGUCCCAGGUGAUGUCGGUGCAGCAGGCAGUCUCCCUCCAUGCCAGCAUAUAUACAAAGACAAGGAAGCAAAUGAUGAAACUUGAGCCGGGGCAAGACCAGCUUCAGAAAUACAAACCCCUGCUUCACGAGCAACUCAAAAUCAGCACUGCAGUGGGCAACCCAAAUGCCCGAGGUCAACGAAAU